AUGGCCGAUUCACCAACCACUGAAAACAAAGUUGCACCAGCUGAACAGGUCAAAAGAAAUACAAUUGUUGUAGGGAUAUCUGGGCCAUCUUCAAGCGGGAAAACAACCCUUGCCCGUCUGCUUCGGACGGUGUUUAAACCGGAAGAGAAGGCUGAGACGUGUCCUGGAUAUGCAGGUUCAGGCCCGAUUGGAAAAAAUGCGCCGAAUGGAGGAAGUGACAGAGACAAAAAAGACCUGAGUGUGUUCAUUGUCCAUGAAGAUGACUUUUAUAAGCCAGAUGAUCAAAUACCGGUGACAACCACUGCCUCGGGACAACGUGUCCAGGAUUGGGAUACAAUUGGCGCUCUUGACGUGCGACAGCUCUCGUCUGCGUUAUCGUAUGUGCACACGCAUGGCACUUUACCACCACGCUUAAAAAGCAAGGAGGAUCUGAAUGCAGUUACAGAUUCAGGGGUUGAUGACGACACAAUUCGCCGUAUUCGAGGGAAUGUUACGCUGAAAUUGGAGGACAUACUAUCAGAAGGGCAUACAAAAGGGAUAAGGCAAGGGUCUAAGGAAUCGGGUGGUGAUUCAUUAUCAUUAUCACUUGCUUUUCUAGAAGGGUUUCUUCUCUAUGCGCCGCCAGACGACGAUAAGCACCCCCUUCGCGCUGUUCAUGAUCAUAUACACGUCCCCUUGUUUCUGCCUGCGAAGUAUUCUGUGAUGAAAGAGCGGAGAGAAGGCAGAACGGGAUACGUCACUAUUGGCCCCGCGCCUACACCUGAAUUGAAUCCACAGAAUACAAGUGGAUCUAAGGAGUCAAACGUCGAUGGUGGCGGUGGAGGCGGGGCAGAUGAUGAAACUAAUGCGUUUGAAGAAGAUGAUGGUAGCAUUCCACCUGGGAAUUUCUGGACUGAUCCGCCUGGCUACGUCGAUGAUAUCGUUUGGCCACGCUAUAUCUCUGAUCACGCAUGGUUGUUGCUUCCUGACCCCGAAGUUUCGAGAAGCCUGGAGGAGUUGAAGAUUGCGGUGGGUGAGGGAGAGGACGUCAGGGAGGAUGUUGGCGUUUUGGUGGCGCCGGGGAAAGGAGGGGCUGGUAUGACGGAAUUGUUGGAGUGGGGAGUAAAGGAGGUUUUGCUUGAGAUCGAGAGGGUGGCACGUACGUUUUUCAAUUUUCGACAUAACUCGAUCGUCAUUGUCCUCGCAGCAUGCUCCUCUCCAACUGGCCAACGUGAUAGAGACUGGGCUCUGUUCCGACUGUUGGGUUUUGAUGGAAGCCUUUUGAGGGCGUUUCAGAUUCAAAUGCCCUUCGAAGCUGAAUUUUACAAGCUGGCCCUGGAUCCCGAGAGAUCUAAAUUUGGUCAAUCUGUAGUUAUUCACGACCUCCUCGAGAGAAUGGUUAGGUUGACGGUUCUCCCGCUGCGAACGGUGACAACGUUGAUAAAUUUAUUUUGUGGCAGACUUGUCUUUGCUCAGUAUGAGGAUAGGAGCCCUCUCGCGUCUGGUGAUCUAGGAUGGAAAAUUACCACCCAGUCUGGGACCAAGUCCGCGUUGAGGAUCAUCUGUGGCUCUGGAGAAACGGUCACGAAAUCAGAGAGCUAUUACACCUGCUGUCCGACGUCUGUGAAGGCACCCUGCGCGCUCCCGACAACAUGUUCGGGUAACACACUUCUUUACGCCGACGGCAAGAAACAGGCCUGUAAGAACAAUUUAUGUGCUUCGGUCCUCUUAUACGAAAGGGCGCCGUCAGAAAAUUUGCUAGGAACGCAACUAGUCUGCAGGUACGGGCAGCUCGGAGACGCCUCUCCGUGGACAGUGUAUAGGAACUUUCCAGACACUACCGCAUCAACAUUCUCUACCCGAUCCACCGCGACUGACACAGCACCCGCUCCCACGGCCGGAUUACCACAGGUGACAAAUUCCGACAGCCCAGAUCCUCCAUCCCCUGAGCGACCUAGCAGCAAGGCGUGGAUGGCUGGCGUUGUUGUUGGAAUUCUGGCUGGUGUGACCUUAAUUGUGCUAUUAGGAUUCUGUGUCGCACAUCGAAAGUUCCAACGGAAGCCCUCAUUAACCAAGGACGACGAUACGGCUCCUGUCAACAGGCCAUCUGCCGAUGACAAGGAGGAUGCGUAUAGUACAGAUCAAGCGGUGGAAUUGAAUGGUUAUGGACGGGCGGAGCUUCAUUUUGACCAACGACCGGUGGAACUGAGCCACUUCGGGACCAAUGUGAUUGAGAUGCCGGCGCAGCAUGAUCAGGGGUUUGUGGCGGAAUUAGAUGGGGCGACGUCACAGCGAUGGCAUGGUUAG